AUGUCCAACUUUGAAAAAGAUAUAUUCCGAAAAAAGAUUUUAGAGUAUGAGUCAAAGUCUGGCGCAGCCUGGGCGAGUAUUCACCAGGAAGAAAAUGACCAUGGCACAGUGAACCCUAAGAACGCAACCGAUAGAACUAUAGCUGACAUGAGCACAGACGAAGAACAAGACAGCCUAGGAAGUUUAGGAGUACAUCUGGUACGUUCCGGUGGUACCAGUCGUAAGAAGUUACUAGCUCCAAAAUCAUGGGACGAGUAUUUUGAAGAGAAUUUAACUUUGAGUAAAGACGACAAAUGUGUGUUUAAUGUAUACUAUAUUCGUCCGAAAUCUAGAGAAGCUCCUAUAUUCAUAUUUCAUCAUGGAACCGGUUCUAGUGGACUAAGUUUUGCAGUUGCUGGGUCAAAAAUUGUGGCUCAUAUGCAAAAAAAUGCUGAUUCAGCUACUAUAUGUAGCAGAGCUGAUGACAGAUUGGUUGGAGGUGUGGUUAGCUUUGACAUGAGAGGUCAUGGAAGAACAGUUGUUGACAAUCCUAAUCACGAUUAUAGUCUUGAAACUCUUACUGAGGAUUUUAUUACUAUGGUGGAGUUGAUAUCUAAAGAAAAGCAAUGGGGCACUGAUAAUCAUGGUAAUACCUCAGAUUCCUUCAACCCGCCGCUAAUACUGGUAGGGCAUAGUCUGGGAGGUGCCAUAGUGACCAAUGCUUCUUUGAAAAAGAGGCUUAAAAAUGUGAUUGGAGUUGUAGUUUUGGACGCUGUAGAAGGUCCAGCUAUUGAAGCUCUUAGUAGCAUGGACAGGGUACUGUCAACAUGGCCCUGUGAUUUCGAGAGCAUCCCUAAAGCAAUUGAGUGGCAUAUACAAAGCCGUGCUCUACGCAAUAAAGAGUCGGCGGCAGUAUCAGUACCAGGGAUUAUAAAAGAAAUUCCUGACACUUCGCAGUAUACCUGGGUUCUCAAUCCACGUACUACAAAGCCGUAUUGGGAGAACUGGUUCACGGGUCUGAGUGGGAAUUUUCUAGCUGCACCUGCUGCUCGUCUUCUUAUUCUAGCUGGUACUGACAGACUGGACAAACCACUAAUGAUCGGUCAAAUGCAGGGCAAGUAUCAGCUCGUUGUGUUUGCUGAGUCUGGCCAUUUCAUCCAAGAAGAUGAGCCUGACAAGACUGCUCUCACCCUAGUUGACUUCUGGACCCGAAAUGGACGACCAACUAACAUUGUGCCUACUUUUGGAAAAUUCAGGUCUGAGUGA